GCAUAUUGGUUUUCGUAUUCAAAUUUUAAAAGAAAGCAUAAUUUAAGCGUUUUAUGAAAAAUUGUCAAUGGUGAUUAGGAUUCACUUAGGAAAUAAAUGGCUCUAUCGCUAAGUCUACAGCGAUAGCUCCAACAAUGACUAUUACCAUAUGUACCAGCGAUUUGUGGAAGGUUACUUACGGCCUAGUAAUCGAGAGUAGAUACUGACAUAAUUAUGGCAGACAUUGAUAAAAAAAGCAUGCUAACCUUAAUUAAUUAAACUAAAAAAUAUUCAUCAGUUAUAAAUCCAUUUCGCACACACCUUACCUAUGGUAGCUGGCACUGGUUCUGUUGAGUUUAAUUAACUAGAAUAGCUUUCGAAUCAUUACAUCUUUAGCUUAAAUGAUAGCGUGAUCACCAGAAACAAAAACAACUAAAAAUAAUAAGACAGGAAGAAUGUAUGAAGCUCUACAAAUUGAAGAAAGGCAGACGGGAGAAUACGGUUGGUGCGGUUAUACUCCGCAAGGACUGCAGAAGUUCAGGUCACCGAAGUGGGCUUUGGCGUUUUGUUGUAGUGCAGCAUUCGUUCAAGGAGUUAUUGUAAAUGGACUCCUUCACUAUUUCCUGCCCAUGAUUGAACGCCGCUUUGAACUCAUAUCCACUGAAGCAGGUCUGAUGACUGGAGCCUAUGACAUAGCAUCCGGUAUUUGUCUAAUUCCAGUUACAUAUUAUGGAGGUCAGAGGAGGGCUCAUAGACCUCAUUAUAUUGGAACAGGUGUGAUUAUCAUGGGUACUGGUUCACUGAUUUUCUCAUUACCAGCAUUCAUGGCCGGACCAUAUAAACAGUACGGCUUCCGUGAGAUAUGUUUUUUUGGAAUUGAGCAUCCACUGGUUAAGGUGCCUUGCAAUAAUUGCCACAAGCUGUUUUGGCUUCUUUUCUUCGGAAACCUAUUACAUGGCAUAGGAGCAAGCCCGCUAUAUACACUAGCUGUUACUUUCAUUGAUGAAAGUUUCCCGUUGGAAACAGCAUCACUAUAUUUAGGAAUAUAUUAUAUGAUGUCAGUACUUGGACCUUUUGUUGGCAUUGUAAUGGGUGGUUCUCUAUCUCAUAUUGAUGGAGAUUUUCUGUAUUCUGUUUCUCACAAAUCUGAACUUACUCCAAGCAGUCCUACCUGGGUUGGAUGUUGGUGGCUAGGCUUCAUAUGUUGUGGCCUAGCUUGCUAUGUCUUCUCUCUGCCUAUAUUUGGCUUACCAAAGGAAUUACCAGAGACAUCUAUUCACCGAGCUUCAAGGGAAGAAAUUCAUACAGAACCAGUUACAUUAACUUUUACAAGCAUCAAAGAACUUCCACGAGCGAUUUUCCAAAUUCUUGAAAAUUUUAAAUUUUUAUUCAUCACUCUUGGUGGAUGUUGUGAAGGUUUAAUAUUCUCAGGCAUGGGUUCUUUUCUUACCAAGAUACUUCAACAACAGUUUGGUCUAGGACCUGGAGAACAAGCAAUUUUCAUGUGUAUAUUGACAGUUCCCAGUACAUUAACAGGAAUUAUUGUUGGUGGAUGGGUGGUUAAACAUUUCCGAAUGAAUUUACAACAUAUCUUAAUAAUGGUUGUUACCCUCAUGAUUGCUACUUUACCUUGCAUCUCUGCCUUAUUCAUAAGCUGCCCAAGUGAUGAUCUUGUCGGUUUCACCAUACCUUAUCAAACGGAUAAUAUAGUGAAACAGCUGAAAAGAAAACAUUUAUUGCUUAAUUCAGAUUGCAAUAAUGGCUGUGGCUGUGAAGAAUCAUAUUUCAAUCCAGUUUGUGGUAUUGACAACAGAACAUAUUUUUCUGGAUGUUUUGCAGGAUGUUUAGAAAUGAAUAUUCGUGACCAAAAAAAAGAAUUUUUCAACUGUAAAUGUAUACCUAAAGAAAAAGCAACAAAAGUCUCAGGACCAGAAGCUUACGAAGGAGCAUGUAAAACAUUAUGUCCAUCUUUUCCACUUUUUUUAGCAUUAAUUUUCAUUUAUCAAACGUUAUCAUUUGCUUCAUUGAUCCCUUCAGUUACAUCAACUUUGAGGGUGGUUCAUACUGAUGUUCGCUCAUUAGCUAUGGGGGUACAAUGGUUGAUGGGACGUUUGCUGGGAACCAUCCCAGGGCCUAUAGUCUUCGGAGCUGCCAUUGAUGAAUCUUGUGGUUAUUGGUAUAAACACUUAGACCAGGAAGGCAAGAAAACCUGUUUACACUACAUACAUGGAUUGAUGAGCAGGAAUCUAGCUAUAGUAAUAUUUUCAAGCAAGAUAUUGGAAAUAACUUUCUUUUCUAUUGCUCUACACUUAGCUAUGAAAUCGCAGAAAAAUGAAAUAGAAUAGACCAGGUAAACUUAUUUUAUUUACACCGUACUGCAAAUUGCAAGUAGUAACUGAACUGACAGCUACAAUUAUGAUUAAAUAAAAGUUUUUUAUUCCAUAAUGAAGUUUGUCAUGCACUUAUUUACUUUUAUGGGAUUAAACUACUUAUUCCAUAACCAACAUAAAGAGGAUUUGCUGCCAAUAAUUGUAACAUAAAAUGUAUCAUUAGCUAAUAAUAUUAAAUUAUCAGUCAUUUUAAAAUUAUAUGUUUAUUUGAGAUGUUGAAGCCCCUAACACAUUUAGGAAAGAAGGACUCCCCUUUUCAUGUCAAUAUAAUUUUCACUGGAACCAGAUUUAUAUAGCUUCCCUUUUCCGUAUUUUGUAUUCCCCACGACCUUUUAAAGUAUGUAUAUAUUGGAGUUCUCACAACGGCCAGAUUCUUUACUCAAGACAUGAAGGUAUGUGGCUGAAGCUCAUGAUCAAUCUCCAUUGGCUUUAGUACCAGUGAUGUUUAUUGAGAGUAGCACAGGGAUCUCCUGCAGUUCUCCUUUUCUCUCCAUAGUUGAGGAGGGAGGAGGGGAGACAAGCCUGCCUCAGAGGUCCCACGCCUGAUUGUAAAUAGCCUAUA